AUGCUGGAGGAUGAGGAUGGGAUGAGCGAGAGGGGGCUCAGCAGCUCAAGGAGGAGAUAUGACGAUGAGGAAGAUUACCACUCCAUCUACAUUGGGGUGCCGGUGCCCCGGGGCUAUCGGAGGAAACGGCGUCGGCGAAGAUCUGCCUCCAGCCGGGACAGGAUGAGCGAGAGCGAGCGGCACUACGAACGCCAGGACCGCUCCGACACCGACGACGGCGGCCAAGGCUGCUACGAGAGCGGCAACGACAACGCCAGCAGGACCAGUGAGUUGCCCUCGGGCUUCCCGAAAAAGCGGGAGGGGGUUCACAGCGUCAUUUAA